CCCAUGUCCAGCAAUUCAUCUUUAUUCCACGGUGUGGAAUACGGAAAGAAAACGAGAAGAUAACGUUUUUCUGAAGGAGACAACGCCAUCUCUAGAUCUAGAUCUGCAUGCAUCUACAAGAUGACCGAUAAAAACCCAUGCACGUUCACUCAGCCAUCUCUUCAAUCAUCAUUCCAUAGUCUGUGGUUCAAGUCGCCAUAAAAGUUGCACGGUGCGCGAGCGUGUUCCCAUGCGGCGUCGCGUUGUGUGUUUGCACGCUGUGCCACUGCGCGUGUUCCUCUUUCUGUGCACAAACGGAGUGCACACACAACCGGAUGCGCGGUUUUGGUUUUAACUCAACGGCAAAGUCAACCCGGAAAAAGGGCCAUGUCACUGCUAUCAUGUGCUAACGCUAACUCUCGGGCUCGCGCAUCCAAAUCCGCGUUGAAUCUGCACGACCAUGCUGUUCCGCCGCGCUCGCGACUUAUAACACUGUAGCACGAGGAUCCAGGACUGGGUGGGGGGAAUUAAAGACCUCCUGGGGACGAUCAGUAAAUCUGGGACAUGCCUUACCUGGACAGAAACAAUCGUAUUUGUGGAUUUUUGGACAUAGAGGAGAAUGAGAACAGCGGCAAGUUUUACCGGCGUUACUUCAUCCUGGACUCGCCGCACAACUCUCUCCUCUGGUUCAUGGACAAUCCACAGAAUUUGCCGGAGGGAGCAGAAUCUGUUGGAAAUAUGAAGCUGAGUUACAUUUCGAAGGUCAGUGAGGUGUCAGCUAAACAGAAGCCCAAGACAGAGUUCUGCUUUGUGAUAAACGCUUUGUCUCGACGGUACUUCCUGCAAGCCAACGAUGCCGUGGACUUGAAGGAGUGGGUCAUUGCGCUGAAUAAGGCCACUAAAAUUACAGUUCCUAAAAACCCAACACCGAUUACUCAGAGCACAGACAGUGUCCCUGUGCCGAGCCAGACUCAGCCAGCAACGCCUCAGGCCUACAAAGCAGAGAUUGUAGGAGGCGUGGUGGUCCACACACCGGUCCAGCAGAACGACUCGGACGAUGUGUUCAGUAAUGAAGUGACUCCACAUGUGACUCUGAGAAGAUGCCAGAGUUUACGGCCAAACGUUGUGAGAACAGGCUACUGCGUCAAACAAGGCAACGUGAGAAAAAGCUGGAAAAGAAGAUUUUUCGUUUUAGAUGACCAGACUGUGAGUUACUAUAAAAAUGAAACGGAUAAAGAGGCAUUACGCAAUAUUCGGUUGAGGGACAUACAGAAGGUUCAUGAGUGCCUUGUAAAAUCAGGGGAUCUGCUGUCACGUGACAACCUUUUUGAGAUCAUUACAAACGCAAGAACCUUCUACAUUCAGACAGACACACCUGAGGAUAUGUUUGGCUGGAUAAGAGACAUUUCCUCAAAAAUUCAAGACUUCAGAGGACCAGCAAAGAGUUGCCGUAUCGGACCCAUGCAGGUGGCGAAACCGCUGCUGAUCAAAUCCUGCUCCACAGCACAAUCUUGGCAGCCAUGGACCCCCGUCCCUAAAAAAACGACUCAUUCGGCCGAUGAAGAUUUAAGAGAGAGCGCUUUCUGCUCGCUGCCCUCUCUCUCGGACACACGGGAGACUUCAGAGUCCAGGAUACGCCAGAGACAUCACUCUCAGCCUCAUCAAUCAGCCACAGACCCACACUUCACCAUUGACCAUGACGUGCACAUCCGCACCUCCGAUGUCUAAAUCUGUUUUCUGCUAUGGCUGCUCACUAGCACACUUUGCUGUAUUACAUUAUCACUCAUCUUUUUGUUUCUUUUCUUUCUUUUUUUUAAAACAAAGGUCUUCAAAUUUCCCACAAUAUACAAAAGCUUUUAGACAUAAUAAGUGUGACGGAAAGCAGUAAACAAGGUCGAAUGGCUUCGAGAUUUUCAUCAGUGAGACUGUACAGGUGAAUAGGUUUUAGGUGCUGAAAAGAGGAGCCGCACACAAUUACUUUGUGCAAAAAAAAAAAGAAAAAAAAAUUAUACGACUAAGUCAGGCUGUAUAAUCUUUUGUGAAUAUAGAAAGUUUUACAUUUACGAGUAACCACACAUUUUGCUCCACAAUUUAACAUGUAGGGCAUAGACUUGAAAGUAUUACGGAUAAUAAAAAUUGUCGACAGAUUGUUUUUGAUUGUGUUGUACCUUUUGAUUGUAUUUUAGUGUGCAUAAGAUGCUGCUGCGCUAAAGAAUUUCAAUAAAGUAUCAGUUUUGAGAA